UUGGUACGCGCACCUCAGAGCGUGUGAGAGGGUACGGCACCUGCCAGGGCAUCAUUACAUUGUUAAUAUUAAAACGAAUACGAGCAGACUGAAGCAGUCCAUAUACAGGACUAAAUCAUAAUAGCAGUAAAACUGCAUUUUCGUCAAAGAUUAGGUAUCUUUUUAUCUCCUAAGUAAUGUUGCGUCUGUUCUGUUGACUGAGCAGGACAAGGUGACUUGCCGGUAUACGACAACGUCGUCAUUCAUCCUUUCCGCCAAGUAGUAGGAGCUUACGGAGCGUUGUAUUGGAGACUUCAGCUAUCUGUGAGCAGCAGACCACAAUGUCGGACUCUGCGGGUGACGGAAAGUUGGAGGUGAAGCAAGCUAGCAAAGAAGUCAAAGAGAGCGAGAAUGUGGCGGAAAAAUAUUCAGCGAUGACCGUGAGCAGGAACAGUGACAUUAACGUGGGGGAAGUAUCCUCCGCUUUCACCGCAGUCCCUACUCACAAAUCUGUCAAGAAGCAGAUCCACUUUGCAAACCCAGAAGAGAAGCAGGAAUUCAGCAAAUUUCCCACCAAAGCAGGACGCCGUUCCCUGUCACGCUCCAUCUCCCAGUCCUCCACAGACAGCUACAGCUCAGCGGCCUCAUACACAGACAGCUCCGAUGAUGAAACCUCACCGCGGGACAAGACGCAGCUUAACUCCAAGGGCAGCAGUGACUUCUGCGUGAAAACCAUCAAGCAGGCCGAGUUCGGCCGCCGUGAGAUUGAGAUCGCCGAACAAGACAUGUCAGCCCUGAUUUCCCUGAGGAAGAGAGCCCAGGGGGAGAAGCCAUUAGCAGGAGCCAGAAUAGUGGGAUGUACCCACAUAACCGCUCAGAUUGCAGUGCUAAUAGAGACUCUGGUUGCUCUGGGUGCUGAGUGUCGUUGGACUGCCUGUAAUAUCUACUCCACACAGAAUGAGGUGGCUGCAGCCCUCGCCGAGACCGGGGUCGCUGUGUUUGCCUGGAAAGGUGAGUCGGAGGAUGAUUUCUGGUGGUGCAUCGACCGCUGCAUCAACAAGGAGGGCUGGCAGGCCAACAUGAUUCUGGAUGACGGGGGGGACCUGACACACUGGGUGUAUAAGAAGUACCCCAACGUGUUUAAGAACAUCCGUGGUAUCGUGGAGGAGAGCGUCACAGGUGUACACAGGUUGUACCAGCUGUCCAAGGCAGGCAAGCUGUGUGUUCCUGCCAUGAAUGUGAACGACUCGGUCACCAAGCAGAAGUUUGACAAUCUGUACUGCUGCAGGGAGUCCAUUCUGGAUGGUCUGAAGAGGACCACUGAUGUGAUGUUUGGUGGAAAACAAGUUGUGGUUUGUGGUUAUGGAGAGGUCGGGAAGGGCUGCUGCACUGCAUUGAAAGCUCUGGGAGCCAUUGUUUGUGUCACAGAGAUUGACCCCAUAUGUGCCCUGCAGGCCUGCAUGGACGGGUUCCGAGUAGUCAAGCUCAGCGAGGUAAUUCGCCAGGUGGAUGUGAUCAUCACCUGUACAGGCAAUAAAAACGUAGUGAGCAGAGACCUGCUGGACCGGACCAAGAACGGAUGCAUCAUAUGCAACAUGGGUCACUCCAACACCGAGAUCGACGUGGCCAGCUUGAGAACGCCAGAGCUCACCUGGGAGAGGGUGCGGUCACAGGUGGACCACAUAAUCUGGCCUGAUGGCAAGAGGGUUGUCCUGCUAGCUGAGGGUCGCCUUUUGAACCUGAGCUGCUCCACAGUUCCCACGUUUGUCCUGUCUAUCACAGCCACAACACAGGCCCUGGCCCUCAUUGAGCUGUACAACGCACCUGAUGGGCGCUACAAACAGGACGUCUACUUGCUGCCCAAAAAGAUGGAUGAGUAUGUUUCCAGCUUGCACCUGCCCACCUUUGAUGCACAUCUGACUGAGCUCUCGGACGAGCAGGCCAAAUACCUGGGCCUGAACAAGAAUGGCCCCUUCAAACCCAACUACUACAGAUAUUAGUGUGAAUGGAGCACGCUGACCUUCAGCUCUGAGAGAGACAGACGGAGAGAUGGAGAGAGAGACUCUGCUGCUUUACAGGUGCUUCUCAGGAGCAGCACUGGUGUCUCUCAGCUCAAUGGCAUCCUCUGUCUCUUAUGCUUUUUAAAAUGAAGUAAACUGCCCUCAGUCCACUAAGGUACUGCAGACCAUACACACACACACUGCUCACACACACACAAACAUACACACAUGAACACACACACAACCACACAGAUAUAAUCUCACACACACACACACACACACACUUGCAGAUACAUGCUCAGUCAGUGUAAGAAUAAGAAUGAGGUUUGCCAUCUCUGGCAUCAAGGCAUUAUUUCAUUUCCUGGCACAUUUUUUUAGUAUGUAUUCCUUUUUUUAAUUGCACAAAUUAAUUUUUAUUCAGUUUUGAAUUUAUUUGCCUAGAAACCUUGAAUAUUGCCAAAUGACACAAUUUGUUUUAUGCUUGAGCUUCUCUGGAUCAUUUUAGUUCACAGAUGCAUUCCAUGGGCCUGGAGGGGGUUAUUGCUCUGAGAUCUGCUUCACAAUGUGUGUAUACGCUAAUAUGCAGAGGACAUCUGUGCACUGUCUCAACAAGUACACAAGAAAACAGUAAUAUUUACAAAAUGCUGUAAAUGAUGGGAUGGAGGUGAUGAAAAAUGGAAGGUGUGAGCAUGGGUCAGCUGUACCUAACUCCCAGCGCUUGCUGCAGCUCUCAGGUUCCCAUGGCCAUAAACCACAUCUCAUUCCUUUAAACGCAAACUGAGCAAGCAUCUGGCUGAUUGGCUGAUUGGACGAGACCUAUGUCACCAAAACAUAAUUCAGGGCACCAUGUUGUUGAAGUGGUGAAGAGCAGGCCUCAUAACCGAAAGGUUGCUGGUUCAGUUCCCUGCUGUUGGACCAUUAGGCACUGAACCCACAAGUGCCUCACUUAAUAUUGAGCAGUACAAGUGGAUAACAUGUACGAAUGGUAACCUAUGUAAGUUGAUAUGGAUAAGAAUGUCUACUAAAUGACAAUGUCAUUUGUUGCAGGAUAACACUCAGCUGGUAAAACCUAGCACACUUCAAAUUACCUUGGACCGGUGGCGUUGGAUUCACCCUUCAUACUAACUAAAAAAUCAUCUUAGCUCUUGACUUUUCCCCAGUGGCUCUCCUAUCAGUUCUUACUGAGGGAAGUUAUGGUUUGCAUCAUGCUUGUGUGGUUCGCUCUUAAUUGUGUGGUUGCUGAGGAUAAUCCUGAUUUCUUUGUGUGACCCUUGGCUUUCAGUAGUAUUCUUAAUCAAUGUUCCUGGUGUUAAUACACUUUGGAUGUGAUGAAAUGCAUUAUACGGUUGGCUUUUUUCAUCAUUGCAAAUUAUCAUCUUACUGAACCAUGUAGGUCCUUAGUUGAGAGGACACAGUUAUUCCCUGUUCUCUCAUUGGUAGUGGCUCAUGUUCAUCAUUGUAGCCUGCAAGUAGCCUGGGCAAUGCAUAAAUGUGGCCCUCUACUAAACUUGAAAAAAGCAAUCUUUGUGUAGAUUUGCAUCAUUCACUGCUUUGGGUCUCAGGAGUUGUUUGUUAACACCAAGGUCAGGGGCCACGUGACUUUGCCUUCUGAAUCACCUGCUGGCAAAAAGGGAAAAUAUAUCCGUACCGUUUUUGUUGAACCCCAGAGAUCCCUGUCUCUUUGAGCAAGCGUAAUAAUAAUCAUUCAGCCAGAGCCUUUUCCUUUCAUGUCUGACACCCGGGCCACUGCUACACACAGAUAGGAUUCACACUGAGUGCUGCAGCUCGCACUGCGUGAAUGCGGCUGUGCGUGUCAGACCUGCUGUUCCCACCUUCUGGUCAAUGUUAUGGCAGCAAUUGAUUAGCUCAAAAUGAAAUUGUUUUCUCAUUUGUCUUUUCUAUAGUUUGCACGCAUGAAAAGAAAAUGCCUUGCAGUCAUACCCAAUGUUCCUUCAUGCUUUGGAAUACACAGACCACUCUUUCAGUUUGCAUUUCCUUUGAAACCAUUUUGCAUAUGCUGUCAAAGAAUGUGUUUGGCACUAUUGGAUGCUAGAGGGAGAGGGUUGUGUUGUACUGAAUACAUAGAUUCGCUAGCCUUGAGUGGUUCAGGAAGAUCUCUUCAACCCGUAAUGCAUUCACCAUAAAAGCACAGCAGAAUUAAAGGAUCUCUUAUUUAAACUAUGGUUUGGUUAACUUUGUUAUUGGCCACCCAGGUCACAUUGGGCAGGUAUUCAUUCCAAGGGCAAACACUGCCAGAUGCCCACCCAGAAUAUGCACUGCAAUAGUGCAGAAGAGUUGAUGACAAAAAUGAUACUUUUAGUAUGUGAAGCAGCUAUCACUGUGAUGUAUGACAUGGGCAUUGCCUUGUGUCAUUAUUUUACUUCCAUUGUAUCUGAUGAGCUUUGAUGUUGACACUUUUUCUUUAAACUGAAUAUUUUCAAUAUAUUAUUUAAAUGAGUGAUAAAGUUUUGAAGAAGGCAAACACUGUGCAUAAUAAACACUACACGUGACCUGUUCAGCUGUUUGAGUUCC